UCCUGCGUCCGGGUGCUGCGUCCUCUCGGAGCCCGUGCGGUCCUUUAGCCAAGAUGCCUGAGGAAACCCAGACCCAAGACCAGCCGAUGGAGGAGGAGGAGGUGGAGACGUUUGCCUUCCAGGCGGAGAUCGCGCAGUUGAUGUCGCUGAUCAUCAACACCUUCUACUCGAACAAGGAGAUCUUCUUGCGGGAGCUGAUCUCCAACUCGUCCGACGCUCUGGACAAAAUCCGAUAUGAGAGCCUGACCGACCCCAGCAAGCUCGACUCGGGGAAGGAGCUGCACAUUAACCUCAUCCCGAACAAGCAGGACCGGACCCUCACCAUCGUGGAUACCGGGAUCGGCAUGACCAAGGCCGACCUGAUCAACAACCUGGGCACCAUCGCCAAGUCGGGGACCAAAGCGUUCAUGGAAGCUCUGCAGGCGGGCGCAGAUAUUUCUAUGAUUGGCCAGUUCGGGGUCGGGUUCUAUUCGGCCUACUUGGUGGCCGAGAAGGUGACGGUGAUCACCAAGCACAACGAUGACGAGCAGUACGCCUGGGAGUCCUCCGCAGGGGGCUCGUUCACGGUCCGCACUGACACAGGCGAACCUAUGGGUCGGGGAACGAAAGUUAUCCUGCACCUGAAAGAAGACCAGACGGAGUACCUGGAGGAGAGGAGGAUAAAGGAGAUCGUGAAGAAGCACUCCCGGUUCAUCGGCUACCCCAUCACUCUGUUCGUGGAGAAGGAACCUGAUAAAGAGGUGAGCGAUGAUGAGGCUGAAGAAAAGGAAGAGAAAGAGGAGGAAAAAGAAAAGGAAGAGAAGGAAUCUGAUGACAAACCCGAGAUAGAAGACGUUGGUUCCGAUGAGGAGGAGGAGGAGAAGAAAGAUGGGGACAAGAAGAAGAAAAAGAAGAUCAAGGAGAAGUACAUUGAUCAGGAAGAAUUGAACAAGACAAAGCCUAUUUGGACCCGAAACCCCGACGAUAUUACCAACGAAGAGUAUGGAGAAUUCUACAAGAGUUUGACCAAUGACUGGGAAGACCACCUGGCAGUGAAGCAUUUUUCAGUGGAAGGACAGUUGGAGUUCCGAGCUCUUCUCUUUGUGCCAAGACGUGCUCCCUUUGACCUAUUCGAGAACAGAAAGAAAAAGAACAACAUUAAGUUGUAUGUUCGCAGAGUUUUCAUCAUGGAUAACUGUGAGGAGCUCAUCCCAGAGUAUCUGAAUUUCAUCAGAGGUGUGGUGGACUCUGAGGAUCUUCCUCUAAAUAUUUCCCGUGAGAUGCUGCAGCAAAGCAAAAUUUUAAAGGUUAUCAGAAAGAACUUGGUCAAAAAGUGCUUAGAACUCUUCACCGAACUGGCCGAAGACAAAGAGAACUACAAAAAGUUUUACGAACAGUUCUCCAAAAACAUCAAGCUUGGCAUCCACGAGGACUCCCAGAAUCGGAAGAAGCUCUCGGAGCUGUUGCGCUAUUACACGUCCGCCUCCGGCGACGAGAUGGUGUCGCUCAAGGACUAUUGCACCAGAAUGAAGGAGAACCAGAAGCACAUCUAUUACAUCACAGGUGAGACCAAGGACCAGGUAGCGAACUCGGCCUUCGUGGAGCAUCUUCGGAAGCACGGCCUGGAAGUGAUCUACAUGAUCGAGCCCAUUGACGAGUACUGCGUCCAGCAGCUGAAGGAGUUUGAGGGGAAGACGUUGGUGUCUGUGACCAAAGAGGGCUUGGAACUUCCAGAAGAUGAAGAAGAGAAAAAGAAACAGGAAGAGAAAAAGACAAAGUUUGAAAACCUGUGCAAGAUCAUGAAGGACAUCUUAGAGAAGAAAGUAGAGAAGGUGGUCGUGUCAAACCGACUGGUGACCUCCCCGUGCUGCAUCGUGACAAGCACGUACGGCUGGACAGCAAACAUGGAGAGGAUCAUGAAGGCCCAGGCCUUGAGAGAUAACUCCACCAUGGGCUACAUGGCCGCGAAGAAGCACCUGGAGAUCAACCCCGACCACUCCAUCAUCGAGACCUUACGGCAGAAGGCCGAGGCCGACAAGAACGACAAGUCUGUGAAAGACCUGGUCAUCCUGCUCUACGAGACGGCGCUCCUGUCCUCCGGCUUCAGUCUGGAAGAUCCGCAGACGCAUGCCAACAGGAUCUACAGGAUGAUCAAGCUCGGUCUCGGUAUUGAUGAGGACGACCCCACCGCUGACGACAGCACCGCGGCCGUGAGUGAGGAGAUGCCCCCCCUGGAAGGGGACGACGACACGCCGCGCAUGGAGGAGGUUGACUAGGUGCGGCGAGAAUGACUUGUACAUGUAUUCGAUGCUUUAUCUUCAUUCCCUCUGAUAAUAUAUUUUCAAGGAUGUUUUUCUUUA